UGCGCUUGAGCGCCGGGAACCACACGUGACUUCCUGGGCUGCACGCGGGGCCUGCGGACCCGGUCCGCCCCCGCCCCGCCCCGCCCCGUCGCGUCGCCUGCAUAAGAGCGUCCGCUCCCACCUCCCGGUUAGACGAACCCUCCCGCCCCGGCCUUCAGGGAAUCCAUACCUAGGCAACGGUGUCGCCUCACCCCCCAACCCACAUCUGUGACCCCGACAUCUGGCCACACGUUACCUGUGGUGACAGAACCCUUCUCAACUCCGUUAACACGUGAGUGCCACCCAGGAUCACACCUCCCCCCAGCAGAGGGCCGCACUGCCUCUUCGCUCCGGAUCUUGCAGAGGGAGCGAUAGCCAUGGCUCCAGAAAGGGGAGCCCCACGCGUGCUCUUUGGAGACUGGCUUCUGGGCGAGGUCAGCAGCGGCCGCUACGAGGGCCUGCGGUGGCUGGAUGCGGCCCGCACAUGCUUCCGUGUGCCCUGGAAGCACUUCGCACGCAAGGACCUGGGCGAGGCCGACUCUCGUAUCUUCAAGGCUUGGGCUGUGGCCCGUGGCAGGUGGCCGCAGCCCAGUGGGAGCGGAGAGGACCAGCUGACCCCUGAGGGCGCGCUCCGGGCGGGCUGGAAAACCAACUUCCGCUGUGCACUACGCAGCACCAAGCGUUUCGUGAUGCUGCAGGACAACUCCGGGGACCCCACCGACCCGCAUAAGGUGUACACGCUCAGCUCGGAGCAGAGGUGCAGAGGAGGUCCAGGCAGUAACCAGAUGGCAGAAGAGGCCCUUGAAGAUGCCCCACCCAUCACUGGUGGGCACUCCAGGCCAUGCCUGGCAGGACGGGCUGGUGAGAGAUCUGGGCCGGGGCUGAGUCCUGAGCCCUGGCCCCUGAGCGUUUCCUGCCCAUCUGGCGAUGCUGGAGACCUCUUGCUCCAGGCUCUGCAGCAGAGCUGCCUGGAGGACCAUGUGCUGGAAGCUGCAUGUGGAGUGGACCCAGCCCCCCCAGAGGCUCCUGGCCCAGGGCUCCCUGCCAGGGAGCUGCACUCGCCACGGGCAGGGGAGGGCCCCAGGCCACAGCCCCAGGCCCUGCACCAGGACCAGAUGACAGGUGAGCAGAGCCAAGGGGUAUGUGGAGGAGAGCCAGGAGACCAGGUCCAAGAUCAGGCCUUCUUCCCAGAUACAGGUCCAGCCCCUGCUCUGGAGCCCCAGCAGCCCCCACAAGAGGUGGAGCCCUGCACCACACCAGGUGCCCCUGCAGCAGCUGAGCAGGGCCUGGCUGGGCCCAGCUGCCUACAGCUUGGUCUGCAUGCACAGCCCAGCCUUGGGGCCCUGGACGUGACCAUCAUGUACAAGGGCCGGACAGUGCUGCAGGAGGUGGUGGGGCGCCCGAGCUGUAUGUUCCUGUACGGGCCCCCCAGCCUGGCUCCUGAGGCCAUGGAGCCCCAGCCUGUGGCCUUCCCCAGCCCUGCUGAACUCCCUGACCAGAAGCAGCUUCACUACACAGAGAAGCUGCUGCAGCACGUGGCCCCCGGCCUACAGCUGGAGCUCCGGGGGCCCGGGCUGUGGGCCAGGCGCCUGGGCAAGUGCAAGGUCUACUGGGAGGUGGGUGGCCCCCUGGGCUCUACCAGCCCCUCCACCCCUGCCCGCCUGCUGCAAAGGAACCAGGACACCCCCAUCUUUGACUUCAGCACCUUCUUCCAAGAGCUGGGGGAGUUCCAGGCUCGCCGACGCCAGUGCUCCCCCCACUACACCAUCUACCUGGGCUUUGGGCAGGACCUGCCGGUUGGGAGGCCCAAGGAGAAAAGCCUGGUCCUGGUGAAGCUGGAGCCAUGGCUGUGCCGGGCAUACCUGGAGGGUGUGCAGCGCGAAGGAGCUUCCUCCCUGGACAGUGGCAGCCUCAGCCUCUGCCUAUCCAGCUCCAACAGCCUGUUUGAGGACCUGGAGCACUUCCUCAUGGAGGUGGAGCCUGCCUAGGGCCAGACCACAUGCCCCCAUCCAAUAAAAAUAACCCAAGA